CCUGCAAAAACGAUCUGUAAUUAGAACGAUUCUGUGUAAAAUUACAGUAACCCCACGACUCCAAAAUUAGCUUAUCUUAAUACCCCAACACUCCAAAUAGAAGAUUUUCAACUGAAAUAUGAGAUUCCCACGGAUUCUGGUUGCAACCAACCUCUCUUUUUAGCGCUCUCUCUCUCUCCCUCUCCCUCUCUCUCUCCAUCAAAAAACAUAGAAGAUCAUCUACCUUCUCCUCUCUCUCUAUCAAAAAACAUAGAAGACCAAUACCUUCCCUUCUCCUCUCUCCUUCUUUUCAUUUUCUUCCAAAAACCUACUCCUUUCAGAAAACCAACAAAUGGGUAUUCGGUCAUUGCUCGCACGUCGAAAGAAAUCAAAAUCCCCUCCCAAUUCAUCCCUCAAAAAUUCAGUAUUCAGCCGCUCGGGAUCGAAAAGAACCCAAGUUGAUGAACUCCAGCACGUCUUUCAAAAGUUCGACGCCAACGGCGAUGGAAAGAUAUCAUGGUCGGAGCUAGGCUCGAUCAUGAGCAACUUAGGCCACCCUGCUUCCGAAGAAGAGCUUCAAAGGAUGGUGAGAGAGGUCGAUUCCGACGGCGAUGGAUUCAUCGAUUUGAAUGAAUUCAUAGAGCUUAACACUACCGGCGUGGAUUCGUCUGCAGUCUUGGAAGACUUACGGAAUGCGUUCUUGAUAUUCGAUCUCGACGGGAACGGAUCGAUUUCGCCGGAGGAAUUGCAGAGGGUGCUGCGGAGCUUGGGCGAUGAGAGCUCGAUGGCAGAAUGUAGGAAGAUGAUUCGUGGGGUGGAUUGCGAUGGCAACGGUCUUAUAGAUUUCGAAGAAUUCAAAAUCAUGAUGACUCGUUCGAUGAAAAUGCCGACCGUUAUCGAAGAAUUACAGUGAAGCAUUUGUUCUUUUUUCUAUGAAUUUGGAGUUUCUUCAAUCUAAUAUGAAUUGGCUUGUUAGAGAUUGUUCUUAAUUGUUCAUAGUAAUCAUAUGAUCAUAUGAUCUAAUGAUAAAGAACAUUACAGUUGUAUUUUCAUUUUGUGAAAGUGGAUCCAACGGAUCGAUGAUCCAGACCGUUGGUCUAUUGGGCCAUACUGUAGAUGGACUGUUCACCAAAAAUCUCCUGGAAUAGAAGAUCCUAGUCACCAAUAUUUAGUCUCUUUUCCUGAUUGUCUGUUUGAAUUCCACCAAAAGUUGGAUGCUAGAAUUUUCCAAUGGGGUGGAUUUCUGUGGAAACGUGUGUUUAUUGUGGGGCCCAAUACACCAAUGGUCUGGAUCACUUAGAUAUUUGCCCCACUUGUACAAAAUGGUAAGUGGAUGAUCAUGUAAUUCCUUAUUGUUCAUUUGUUCUUUGUAUAUAUGGAUUAUCUCUUAGAGAUUGUUCUUGAUUGCUCAUUAGAUUUUUAUUUUA